AUGAGCCAAGACUCACGGCCGGGGACUUCAAGUACAGAUGGCAGUGAGAAUAGACUUGUCAGCCCCAGUCCGAGCAUCAGGAAGAUCUCCCACCAAAGAGUGAACCCUCACGAAAAUCAGACUCUGUUUUCCAAAAUUCCAGGUGGAAUGGGGAUUUCCGGACCUAGUCAACAUCCGUCUGAGUAUCGACCAGUGACUGAUGAAGACUCGGACUCGAUGUCAUGGGGAGAGUUAUUGCCAUACUAUCUACCAAUCUUGUCUUGGGUCAAUCACUACUCAUUACCAUUCUUUUUGGGUGACUUAUUAGGAGGUUUGUCAUUAGUAUUUUUCCAACUUCCUUUAUCUAUAUCUUAUGCGACAUCGUUAGCGCAUGUACCAGUAAUAUGUGGGUUGAUGUCAUUGGGAGUGGCACCUUUGAUAUACUUGAUUUUUGGAAGUGUGCCACAGAUGAUUACGGGACCCGAAUCAGCAAUCUCAUUAAUAGUAGGACAAGCCGUGGAACCUAUUUUGCACCACAACAAAACGGACAUUAACCCUGUUGAUCUUGUCGUAGCAAUGACUUUCAUCAGUGGUGCUACAUUGUUGGGGUUUGGUUUGGGGCGGUUUGGGUUCCUUGAUAAUGUGUUGAGUGGUUCAUUGUUAAAGGGCUUUAUAAGUGGUGUGGGUAUAGUCAUGGCUAUCAACAGUCUAGUACUGAUGCUUGGGUUGACCAAGUUAAUGAAUCUAAUAUCUAAUGACCCUACCGAUAUGGAUAUCCACUCUCCCUUUGAUAAGUUUAUGUUUUUGAUCCACCACUAUGAUAGAUAUGAACCAUUAACCUUCAAAAUUAGCUUUGCCUCAUUUACAUUUUUAAUGAGUGUAUCGAUUUUCAAAUCCUAUUGCAGCAAAAGAAAUUUCAGGUUCCUGGACAAGUUGAUUUACAUUCCUGAAAUCUUAAUCAUGGUAAUAAUCACAAGUUGUCUAUGCUACAAAUUUGACUGGCAUGCCAACGGAAUCGAGGUGGUUGGUUCGGUUAGCCAAGAAGGUGGAACUUUUCUGAUCUACAAUCCGCUCUCAAUAAAUCAAUUUAGAUUGAUGAAGAAGGUUGGUACUUCAGGAUUCUUAUGUGCCAUGUUAGGGUUUUUUGAAAGUACUACCGCUCUGAAAUCAUUGGGAACUACCUUCAAUUUGCCUAUUUCCUCGAACAGAGAAUUAGUUGCAUUGGGAUUCAUCAAUGUAGUGGGUUCUAUGUUUGGUGCACUUCCAGCUUUUGGUGGAUAUGGUAGAAGUAAGAUCAAUGCCAUUUCGGCUAAGACGACAUUCUCAGGUGCUUUGAUGGGAAUAUUCACUAUUUUUACCAUAGCUUUCCUAUCCGAAGGGCUUUAUUACAUUCCAAAGUGUAUUUUGAGUGUGAUAACUGCAAAAAUUGGAUUACUGUUAAUGGAUGAGGCGCCUUAUGAAUUAAUGUUCCACUGGCGAAGCAGAGGAUAUAACGAAUUAAUUACGUUCUUUGUGACGGUGGUGACCACCAUUUUCUUUUCUAUGGAAGCAGGAAUAGCGGUUGGACUCGUUUAUCUGUUGAUUCGAGUAAUAAAGAAUUCUACUUUAUCAAGAAUUCAGAUUCUUGGAAGAAUUCCUGGCACAAAUACAUUUGUGGAUGCAGAUAUCAACGACAGAUUAUUGAAAAUGGAUAGGAAAUUAGGAAAGCUGCAGUUGAAUCUUUUUACUGAUGAUUAUUUCACCAGUGUCAACAUGAAUGUUUUGGAAGAAAUAGAAGGGUGUUUGAUAGUCAAGAUCCCUGAACCCUUAACAUUCACAAACACUAAUGAUUUAAGAACCCGUUUGAAGCGAGUAGAAUUAUAUGGGUCAACCAAAGCUCAUCCAGCUAUGAAAAGAAGCAGGGACGAGUCUAUGACCAAGUAUGUGAUAUUUGACUUGAGAGGAAUGUCCGAACUUGAUUCUUCAGCUGCACAAAUUCUCAAAGAGUUGAUAAUCAAUUACCAAAAUAGAAAGAUCAUAUCACUUUUUGUAAGAGUUGCCAAAAACUUGCAGGUAAGAGAAAGACUAUUCCGAACUGGGAUUAUUUCCCUCCUUAUUGAAAAUUUAGAUGCACUUGGGUACUAUAAGGCGAAACAGGAAGUGUUGCAAAAGAAGCCAAAAGAUAACAGUUCGGAUUUCCUAUUCGAACAAGAGACUGCUAGCGGAAUCGCUAACUUGGUUGAGGCUAAGGAUGUUCCUUUUUUUGAACAUAUAAGUGACGCUCUAAAAGUGAUUGACUAUUAUGAAUCUUCGAACCAAGUAGGAGAAUACCUGGUCGUAUAA